AAACACCAUCUUUGGAUGAGCAUUUCUGGCUCUCAUGUGGUGGUCGACAGAUCAAUGUCUUCUUUGCUUUGCCUACGGCAAUCUUCUCUUCUUCUAGGUCGCAGCAGCAUAAGAAUCUAUUGCUCCGAUAAUCGGAUUUCGAACCCUAGCUUUCCACUUCCACUUCCCACCACCACCAUGGAUUCCGACGAUAAUUGCCGGCGACAACACCACAAGCCCUUCGACCUCAACGAGAACGGAGACAACAACCACGGGCCUCCCAAGAAGCCCAGGCUGUCUCCGAUUACCGAAGCCGAUCUCCAAUCUGAGUUCGCCCACCACGAUCCCUCCGUCGCCAGGAUCAACAACGGCAGCUUCGGCUCCUGCCCCGCCUCCGUCAUCGCCGCGCAGCAGAAAUGGCAGCUCAAGUUCCUCCGCCAGCCCGACGAGUUCUACUUCAACCGCCUCCAGCCCGCCAUCCUCCGGUCGCGAACGGCGAUCAAGGACCUCAUCAACGCCGACCAUGUCGAGGAGGUCGCCAUCGUGGACAACGCCACAACCGCCGCCGCCAUCGUUCUCACGGCGACCGCCCGGGCCUUCGGCGAGGGCAAAUUCGACCCUGGCGACGCCGUCGUCAUGCUCCACUACGCCUACGGCGCUGUCAAGAAGUCCGUCCAGGCCUACGUGGGAAGGAGCGGCGGCCGAGUGAUUGAGGUCCCAUUGCCCUUUCCGGUAAGGUCUAACGACGAAAUUAUUUCUGAAUUUCGAAAAGCCCUAGAACAGGGUAAGUCUGAUGGUCGCAGGGUCAGGUUGGCUGUGAUUGAUCACAUUACUUCGAUGCCCAGUGUUGUGAUUCCGGUGAAAGAAUUAGUUAAGAUUUGUAGAGAGGAAGGGGUUGAUCAGGUUUUUGUAGAUGCAGCCCAUGCAAUUGGAUGUACUGAAGUGGAUAUGAAGGAAAUUGGCGCUGAUUUCUACACUAGUAAUCUGCAUAAAUGGUUUUUUUGUCCACCCUCUGUUGCCUUUUUGUACUGUCGAAAAUCGGAUAAGCCUUUGGAUUUACACCAUCCGGUGGUUUCACAUGAAUAUGGAAAUGGAUUGCCCAUUGAGAGUGCUUGGAUUGGGACUAGGGAUUAUAGCCCCCAGCUCGUAGCUCCUGAUGCCAUAGAGUUUGUGAAUAGGUUCGAAGGUGGAAUUGAGGGGAUAAGGAAGAGGAACCAUGAAAAAGUUGUUGAGAUGGGUGAAAUGUUGGUAAAAGCCUGGGGGACCAAUCUUGGGUCGCCGCCUGAGAUGUGUUCAAGCAUGGUUAUGGUUGGAUUGCCUGCGUGUUUGGGAAUUACAAGCGAUUUGGAUGUUUUGAAAUUGAGGACCCAUUUGAGGGAUUGUUUUAGCGUUGAAGUGCCAAUAUAUUAUCGAGCUCCAAAAGAUGGGGAGGUUAAUCCAGUAACAGGGUAUGCGAGGAUAUCUCAUCAAAUUUACAACAAACUUGAUGACUAUAGUAGAUUCAAGGAGGCGGUUAACAAGCUCGUUAAUGAUGGAUUUACCUGUGCUGCUCUCUCUCACUGAAAAGUUCAAUGGGAAAUUGAUGAGUUUCUAAUGAAUAAUAAGAUUGUGAGACCACCCAGGCUCCCAAUUCAGCCAUUAUGCGCAGUCUCUGUAAGCAUUCGGGAACAAAGGAAUCCAGGAAGUAGGGGCCAAACCAGCUACUAGCGAUGUGCUUGUGAAACAGAUGGAGUAGGUGCUCUCUAAACUUUGAAGAUACAAAUUCCUUUCGGAAUUUGUCUUAACCAGUCUACUAGUUGAUGCAGGAACAUUCUCCAUUUUCAAUGUCUUUCUUCAAUCAUAGUUCCCCCUGUUUUCUUCUUCACUGACAGUCAUCCUCCAAGAACAGAGUAGAUGCUCAGUCCCCUUCUUGUGUUGUGUAUUGUCCAAGUUUUGAAGUUCCUUCUUGUGCAGAGUUA